GGCACUGAUGGUGUUUGAAAUAAUGGCCUGGUGCUCAUCUGUGGGGUCAUGGUCCAAGGAUAAGUAGGAGGAGAGUUGGCGCCUGGCCUCAGACCGGUAGAGGUCAGCGCGCCAGACUGCCAGGGCACCUCCCUUGACGGCAAGUUUGUUCACCCAGUCGGGGUUGUUGCAGAGCUACCAUUGACAAAGGUAGCUUCUAUCCCAAUAUGCAAUGUAAUGGUCUGUGUUUGUGAUAUAAUGUGUGCAGCAAAACAUAUUAAUGGAUGUACAUUAUUUUAACUAUUGUGUGUAGGAAAGAACUACAGAUGCUGGUUUAAAUCAAAGAUAGACACAAAUGCUGGAGUAACUCAGCGGGACAGGCCGCAACUCUGGAGAGAAGGAAUGGGCAACGUUUCAGGUCGAGACCCUUCUUCAGUUUGACCCAAAAUGUCACCCAUUCCUUCCCUCCAGAGAUGCUGCCUGUCCCGCUGAGUUACUCCAGCAUUUUGUGUCUAUCUUAUUUUAACCAUUGUUCAUCUUAUUAUUUCAAUGUAAAUGCUUUGUUUUAACUUUAAUAUAAAUACAAUUCACAACAAUUUGCACAUCUUGGAUCGGUACCUAACAGGUGAAUGUAUGGACUCCGUCGCCACAUUUUGCGCUACUUCCACAUAUUGCCUAAGCAGCAAAGGGAAUUUAUUAACAUGUCGUCCACAAAAUGCCUAUUAAUUUGCAUGACCUGUACUAAGAGCGCUCUUGUAAAGGAAAUGUUUGAUCUGCUCAGCACGGUCCAUUGAUCCUUUCGCAUGCACUCUGCGUGAGUUGUCCAAUACAAAGGACUGAAAGGUUUUGUUCACAGACGAGGUGUAAGCGACUCCUGCACUCUUAUUCAGACCUUGGUUUAUAUGAAAGAGUCUGCCAUCUCGAGAAAGAAAGAGACGAGGAUGUCUGAAGCAAAUCUUUAAUAGAAGACAGUCUCUCCCAGCAGGAAUAAUUGGCUUCUGUAUGUUACUUUUUCUUUUGCUCUACAGCAGGGUAAUAAAACUAAGGCUUAUCAAGAAGGAACGGGAUCUCAGCUGACAAACAGUAAUAUAGUUAAUACUAUGCGGGAUUACUGAAACAAAUGAAUGGAUAUAUGAGAAGGACAGCAUCUGUGCUGUCAGCUGUGGCAUGUGCAAAUGGAUUUCAUAAGUAGCAGUGAAGAUAUUUAAACGGCUGCUGGAGGGCUUGUGUUUAUUGUAACUCUGACUGCCCAAGUUCCAGGCUGACACUGAAUGGUACUGUAGAGACAUUGUGUGCAGGAUAUUUGAAGUUAAAUUUAUCAUGAGACUGUAUUGGAAAUGUGCAGAGAAAAUGAGAUGUUUCCGGAAGCGUUCAACUAUUCCACUGCUAGCUAUCCUUGCAAUUUGUCUCCUUUUCCUCAAUCUGUUUUUGGAAGAGGACAGAUAUGUAAUGGAAGAAGGACGGAGGCUUUCUAGAGAAAUGACUUCCCAUCAACUUAACUCUGAAAAAUAUGUCCAUACUUUCAAAGAUCUGACUAACUUUUCUGGAGCAAUAAAUGUUACCUAUCGUUAUCUUGCAGGGUUUCCUAUAGCUAGAAAAAAAUAUUUAACAAUAGGACUCUCAUCUGUCAAAAGAAAAAGAGGUAACUACCUACUAGAAACAAUUAAAUCAAUUUUUGACCAAUCCAGCUAUGAAGAGCUGAAUGAAAUUAUAGUUAUUGUGCACUUAGCGGAGUUUGACCUGUCGUGGUGUGAAAAUAUCGUCCAAGGCAUCUCCAGAAAAUUUGCCCACCACGUUAUUUCUGGUCGACUGAUGGUUAUUCAUACUCCUGAGGAGUACUACCCUAGUUUAGACGGCCUCAAAAGGAACUAUAAUGAUGCAGAAGAUCGUGUUAGAUUUAGAUCUAAGCAGAAUGUAGAUUACGCUUUUCUACUUAAUUUUUGUGCUAAUUUAUCAGACUACUAUGUAAUGCUGGAAGAUGAUGUGCACUGCUCUAAAAAUUUCCUAUCUGCCAUUAAAAAAGUAAUUACCUCAAGAGAAGGCUCCUAUUGGGUGACACUAGAGUUCUCCAAGUUGGGAUAUAUAGGAAAGCUCUACCAUUCAUGUGACCUCCCACGACUGGCACAGUUUUUAUUAAUGUUUUAUCAAGAAAUGCCAUGCGACUGGUUACUCAUUCACUUCCAAGGAUUGCUCGUCCAGAAAGAUAUCAUCCGGUUCAAGCCUUCUUUGUUUCAGCACAUGGGCUAUUAUUCUUCCUUCAGAGGGACUGAAAACAAACUUAAAGACGAUGACUUUGAAGAGGACUCCUUUGAUAUCCCUGACAAUCCGCCUGCAACUCUUUGUACAAACAUGAAUGUGUUUGAGCACUAUGAUCCCAGUAAAGCAUACAGCAGCGUAGAGGAAUACUUCUGGGGAAAAUCGACUUCCGCUGGAGAUUACUUUGUUAUUGUACUUGACAAACCUGCUAAAAUUGAUAAACUGAAAAUCCAAACUGGCACGGAUGAUAGACAAAAUGACAUUUUGCAUCACGGAAGGCUGGAGGUGGGCCAACACAUGCUGAUAGUGAGAAAGGAAAAGCAUUGUUCUAGCUACACAACACUGGGGGAAUUUCAACGUGGAAACAUUGAGAUAAAGAAUAUUGGUCACAAGGUCAAAUUUGACAUUCACUGUAUCCGAAUACUGGUAACAGAAAAUCAAAAGGAAUGGCUGAUUAUUAGAAGUAUCAGCAUUUGGACCGGUCAGGCAACCAUUUAGAAGGUUAUCUCAUAAGAAUCGAUAAAAGGCUUUUGUAAAUCAGACUACAAAAUCACGGCAGCUGCUCAAAAGGUAUCAUUGUGUGUACACUGUCAUAAUAAAUGGUUUGGAAUUGAAGCACCUUAUUUCCUAAAAAAAAUCCCAAAAGGUUCAUUAUGAGGAGAGAACUAAGAGUAUACUGGAAUAAUUGUGAAACUUAAAUGUGCGAUUCUCAUGACGAAUUGUUUAAGCAGCUCAUCUAUUUUUCCUAACUGCUAUUUAGUGGAUGUCCUAGACAAGAACAUUAAUUGUCAAGCCCUUGCUAAAGCAGCAGAGAGAAGGUCUGGACAAAUUAUCAAGAAUUAGUGGUGUUCCACAGUAUAAAUUCAAACAUUUAAGUUGAUCUAUUUCUUCUGCUAUUUUAAAUUUCCCAAAAGUGGGUAUGUGAUUAAAAUUAACAUAAUUUAUUCUGAGGAACAGUUUAUAUUCUGCAGCAUUAUUUUGUCAUCUGGUUAAAUCUUAUUUUCACUCUAUAUGUGUAACAGAAUGUCGAUCUUGUGCAAAUUAAGUAUCAGACUGUUUAAAUUAUUUUCUACAGCAAUUGAAAUUUUAUUGAUGAGAUAUUCAUUCUGAAAGUCAAUUUCACAAUUAAGAUUAUCAAUAUAGUGGAUCAUUUCUUGUUGGUUUCUUUAUAUGAACAAAAUGGAUGCUCUUUAACAAUGUCACAUUUCGAUAAGCAGUAAUUCACUGUGCUUUAUCUACUAAGACAAAAUUAUUGUCUUUCUACUCAAUAUAAAAAAUAUAGUAAUUUAAAGUCAAGAAUAAUUUAAAAAAAUGAAAACCGACUGUCCAGUACAAAAGAUUUUGGAUUAUCUUGAAGGGAAUUUGAAAGUGAAAAUUUGUAAAAGUAUAUUUAUUUUUGUACGUCAUCAAUGUAAUGUAAAUCAUUUAGAAAAAGUUCAAUUUUGAUUAUUUUUUAAGAUUACUCAGUCAUUGUGAGUUUGCAGCUGUAAAGACAGAACAAAAAAAAAUCAUUUAUUUCUAUUGCCAAUAAGUAACCCCUAUAAGGGAUUCUAUUUGUUUUAGGUCAUCGACGCAUGCGAAUGGGAUGUAAUAGCUGGUAUAUUGAUGAUCAAAUAUUCCAUAUCGAAAACUCAGAAUGUCAUCCUAAUGUUACAAUUGGUAAUUCUGGUGCCACAACUCCAUACCUAUGUGUCCAUUACAUGGUCUCCCUUAAUCUAUGAAGAUAGUGGUGCUGCAGUAAAAGUCACACAUUAUUCAAUAACUACAUGCAAGUUAAAA